CAUCAACAGAAACCGAUCUUUCGUCAAGCCACUUUCCCUAUAAGCCAAGACCUGCGUGGUCAUCAACGGCCAACGACACAAGCAUCGAAAAAGAAAUAAUUAGAAGAGAACAAUAAAAAUGCCGACCGCUGAAGCUCCCAAGCCGCAGGCGCCAAUGGAGGCGUCCGCACCGCCGGCGCCGGGGACAGUUGUGAAGCGGCAGCCGGAAGCUCAACCUCGCCCAGAGCCCGAGAACGAGAUGACUCUGCGCGGAGGGGGGAUGAAUCUGGGUUGCACGUGCUGUGACGGGACGUGCUCGUUUCACAGGUCUUGCUGCUGAAUUGCUUUCGGGGGUGUGAUUGAGCCGUCGCAGGGUGUGUUUAUGAGGGUUCGUUGUCUGAGCGGUUCGGUUGCUGUCUUCCUGGGCAGGUAUCCUGACUGGAGCUCCUGUCUAUCGAUUGGCUGUGUCGCCUGGGGAUUAUCCGAGAACUACAUCUGAAUGGUUAAUAAUCGAAGGAUAUCAAGCGAAAACAUAAUCAUUAAUAGUUUCGUGUUAGGGUGCGAUUGGAUACCUCAAAAUAGGCGUGAGAUAAAUAGUCCGACUUCGCCUGAGAAGUCCGCUAACAAGCCAUCUGCCAGAGCGGAGUUGGACAUUGAUAAUACGAAAACCGUCUCAAGGGCGCAGUUACGGUAGAAACUCGGCGUCUAUAAGUGGUAACGUCACCAAUGCCAGUCUCAAGUAAUUAUGGAUGAUCGGCAGCGUCACGAAGACGU